CAAAUUUAAAAGAGUGUUUGACUCAAUGAACCAUUUAUUCGGCGCAAAUAGAUGAAUUUGUAUUGACACAGUGCACAUGAAAAUGUCAAAACAUAUGGCAUAGGUUAUGUUUCAGUUUGUUUGUUGUUUUUUUUUUGUGUGUGAAUUGUGUUCAAUAAAAGAUGCGUCCAAAAGUAUCGGCCGUGUUAACUCAAUAUUUAAAGCAAUGCAAUGAACCACCAUGGACUUCAUACUUCAUACGGUAUCGCGAUGUAUACAAUGAUCAAUGGGGCAAGUCACACUUUAAUUGGACGCUGGACACUGGAACAAAUUAUCAUAUUUUGCGAACUGGUUGCUAUCCUUAUAUGAAAUACCAUUGCACAAAACGUCCGCAUCAAGAUUUAUCACUUGAUGAUAACUUCAUGAAGUUUAUUAAGGUCAUAAAUUUAGGACUACCCCAAUUAAUGUAUGGCCUGGCAGCGAUAAUCCUCAUCUCACAUGUCGAAUACGUCGAUAUGCCGGGACAUAAAGAAAAAGUGCCCAUUUACUUUUUACUCAAAGAAGACCAAGGAUCACAUUAUUAGAGAGAAAAGAAACGGAAUUUUUCUGUUAAUACCAUAGUGUAAUAUUUAUUGAUAAUUAAAAACUAAAUUAAAAAUUGAAAUUAUGGAAUGCAAUUGAAUGGAAA